AGAAGGAGGGGAGGAGGUUGGGGGCUGAGAAGGAGGAGGAGGAGGUGGUGGAGAAGGAGGAGGUGAACGGAGGUUGAAGAGGAAUAGAGAAAGAGAGAGACCGAAGGGAAGGGAAGGGAAGGAGAGAGGGAAGGGAAGGAGAGAGGGAAAGACAAAAGAAAGAAGAGGAGAGGAGAGAGUGGAAGUAAAAGGGGGGGAAAUGGCUUCGGAGGAGACGGCCGGAGGGGCGCGGAAAGCCACCAAGAGCAAACUGUUCGAGUUCCUCGUCCAUGGAGUGCGUCCCGGCAUGCCAUCAGGUGCGAGAAUGCCUCAUCAGGGGGCGCCGAUGGGACCGCCAGGGCCGCCAUACGGAGGAAACCCCGCCGUCCGUCCCGCGCUGACCAACCCCACCAUGGAGGCGAACCGCAAACGGCCGGCGCCCUCGCAGCAACAGAUGCAGCAGCAGGCCGUCCAGAACAGAAACAGGAAGAAGCCUGUGGGAUUUCCCGGAGCCAGUGAGAUGCAAGGAAGGCAGAUGGACAUGAGAGAGGCCCAAUCAGAUCCCACGCUUGGAUCAAACACCAAGAGGAGGAAAAUGGCUGAUAAGAUUCUUCCACAAAGGAUCCGUGAGCUGGUCCCUGAGUCUCAGGCUUAUAUGGACCUGCUGGCAUUCGAGCGCAAACUGGACCAAACCAUAAUGCGCAAGCGUGUGGACAUCCAAGAGGCACUGAAGAGACCCAUGAAGCAAAAACGCAAACUGCGACUCUACAUCUCUAAUACCUUCAACCCGGCCAAGGCUGAUGCUGAUGACUCUGACGGCAGCAUUGCAUCCUGGGAGCUUCGGGUGGAGGGAAAGUUACUGGACGAUCCAGCCAAGGUGAAAAGGAAAUUUUCCUCGUUUUUUAAAAGCCUGGUCAUUGAGCUGGACAAAGACCUGUACGGACCAGACAACCACCUAGUGGAGCUGCUGAGCAGCAAGGCUCAGUGGCAUCGCACUCCCACCACUCAGGAGACUGACGGCUUCCAGGUGAAGAGGCCAGGUGAUGUUAAUGUACGCUGCACACUGCUCUUAAUGCUGGACUACCAGCCCCCUCAGUUCAAGCUGGACCCUCGGCUUGCUCGCCUGCUGGGUAUUCACACUCAGACCCGCUCCUGCAUCAUCCAGGCCCUCUGGCAGUACAUCAAAACCAACAAGCUGCAGGACUCCCACGACAAGGAGUACAUCAACUGUGACAAGUAUUUCCAGCAGAUUUUUGACUGUCCUCGGCUAAAGUUCUCUGAGAUCCCUCAGCGCCUCACCAACCUGCUGCUGCCCCCCGACCCCAUCGUCAUCAACCACAUCAUUAGUGUGGACCCUAACGAUCAGAAGAAAACAGCCUGCUACGAUAUAGACGUUGAAGUGGAGGAUCCGCUCAAAGCCCAGAUGAGCAACUUCCUGCUCUCCACAGCCAAUCAGCAGGAGAUUGCGUCACUUGACAAUAAGAUCCAUGAGACCAUUGAGUCCAUCAACCAGCUGAAGAUUCAGAGAGACUUCAUGCUCAGCUUCUCCAGGGAUCCUAAAGGCUACAUUCAGGACUGGCUGAAAUCUCAGAGCAGAGACCUCAAACUGAUGACGGAUGUUGUUGGGAACCCAGAGGAGGAGAGGAGGGCGGAGUUUUACCAUCAGCCCUGGUCUCAGGAGGCCGUCAGCCGCUACUUCUACUGCAAGAUUCAGCAGAGAAGACAGGAGCUGGAGCAAGCCCUGGCUAUAAGGAACACUUAGACUGCACCAAGACCUCCUCAGCCCUCAGCUCCCACUCUGUCUGCUCUUCUUCAGUCUGAGCCACAUGGAUCCCCCUCACUCCUCAUUAUCCCCUCUUUUUUUUACCCCCCUGCAGUGAGUGUAUGAGUGUAUGUGAGUGGGGUGUUUGUCUACGGAUGUGUUUGUUUGUUGUCACUGUGAUCCAAGACCCAUUUAUGUACAGAGGUUCAGAGGCCCCUUUGAAUCUGUCCUUUUUAAACAGUCAUGAUGGUGCUUUGCCCCGUAAGCUUUACUUUAGAGCUCACAACCUACUGCUCACAUCUUUUGUUAUUGUGUACAAUACAGUUCAACAGUCCCGAAACAUUUAAAAUCACUACACUGUACCCUAAUUAUGCACAUAAAUUAAUAGAAAAGAACAAUUUCUAUUCAAUUUGCUAAAUGAAAAUAUGUUCUAGGAAAGGUAAGAGUGAUUUCCUGCCUAAUACUUUGAUGGUUUCACUCUGUUUUCAGUGUUACGGCUUCAAAUGGUUAAUUUUUUUGUUAUCAGUAUUUAUAAAGCAUGGAACCCACAACAUAUGCUGGAAUAUGGCAUGCUGGAAUACGAUGAUCUGAGGUUCAGGUUUGUUUGUUUUUUAUAGCUCAUUAUGAGGGGAAAGAUUAUAAUCAGAAGACUACAGUAAGAACACUAAAGGCACAUAUGGAAAAUAAUACCUAUAAUAAUAUUAAUAAUACUGUUCUUUUGCAGUAUAAAGCUGUAGUGCAGUCGCUUCAUACAAACACGGUUCAUUAAAUGUCUAGCGUUGUGUAAAUAUGGGGGCACAGUUUUGUUAGUCGUCUCUUUCUGGUUAGCUGUAAGAUAUUAGUAUUAUUAUUAUUAAUGUGUUCAUAUGCUUGCUAUGACCCAAAACACGGGACUA